CUGACGGUCGAGAGUCGCGUGGUUUCUUUCUCGAACGCUCGCGACUUCAGAGAUGAAAUUGAGCGAUUAGAUCCAACCCGUGUCGAAUUAUAGAAGCAGAAGGACCAUGUACCGCUUGUGCUGCAGAACGGUCGGCGUGUCACGCGCAGUGAUCGCCGCCUCGCGAUCACCGGGACGUGCGGGGUUAGGUCAACGCGACUAUCAGCUCAGGUUGCAUCAGCAACCGGUACCGUUCUUGAGGUUUUCUACCGUCGUUCCGCCAACUCCUACUCCCCAACCACCGCUGCCUCCACCGGCCCCUCCCUCGCAGGCAGCGUCCUCGUCAACCGAUGAGGAAACCUUAGAUCCGUCGUCGAAAGUUGAGAAAACUGUUAAAGCUCUCCGGAAAGAGGGAGCCGAGAAAUCAAGCGCGCAGGCUCCGAAACCCGUAGCCAGAAAAGAGGAUCAUCUCCAAGUUGCACCGCCCAAGAGGUCGCUCAGGAAGCGGAUCUGGGACGAACUUGUACAUUAUUACCAUGGUUUUCGCUUACUCUUUAUUGACGUUCGGGUGUGCAGCCAACUUCUCUAUCGGAUCUUGAAAGGCGAAGAUCUCUCCAGGAGAGAACACAAACAGUUGGUUCGAACAACUUCAGAUUUGUUCCGUCUGGUUCCUUUUUCCGUGUUCAUUAUCGUGCCCUUCAUGGAACUUCUCCUGCCAAUAGCAGUGCAACUCUUCCCGGGCAUGCUCCCGUCUACAUUUCAAGACCCCAAGGACCAGAAAGCCAAGUUUAAAACGCAACUGAAGAUGAAAUUGGAAAUGGCGAAGUUCCUGCAGACCACGCUUGAUGAGAUGGCGGUCAAGAACAAAGGCGAAGUGCAUUCUCACGCAGCCAAGGAAUUCGCUCUAUUCUGUGAGAGGAUUCGCGAAUCCGGGAAUUUCGCGAGUAGUGAAGAGAUUCUCAAAUUCUCAAAACUAUUUGAGGACGAGCUGACUCUAGAUUCACUCGGCCGCCAGCAGCUCGUCGCAUUGUGUCGUCUCUUGGACAUCCAAACUCUGGGUACGACGCAACUGCUCCGCUUCCAACUUCGGAUGAGGUUGAAAAAUUUGAAGAACGAUGACGCAGUGAUAAAGAAAGAGGGUUUGGAUUCUUUGACUGUCAGUGAGUUGCAAGCCGCCUGUCGCGCCCGGGGGAUGAGGGCGCUCGGAAUCCCCGAAGAGAAAUUACGGUACCAAUUGAACCAGUGGUUGGAUCUGAGUUUGAGGGAAUCAAUACCGCCGUCGUUGUUACUGUUAUCUCGAGCGAUGCUCCUCCCGGAGACUGUGAACGCCACCGAGCAGCUGAGGGAAACGAUCACACAACUCCCGAUGCAAGCUAUAACGGAAGCUAAAUUCAAGAUCGGUGAAACAGAAGGCAAGGUCGACAACAGGACCAAGUUGGAACUGAUCAGACAAGAGGAAUUGGCGAUCAAAGAAGAGAGACGGGAGCUGAAGAGAGCACAAGAGGAAGAACAAGUGGCCGAAGCAAAACGUAAGGAGAAGGAGAAGCUCAAGGACGUCGCACCGCUCGAAGCUGUCAGUGCUGCUGAAACUGAGAUGCUCGUCGAUUCGGCGAAAACGAUCAAGGCCGACGAAGAGAAGAAACUCUCGAAAGAGGAUCUCGAGAAUCUUGAGGAUGCGAUCGAAACAAUCGCUCUGGAGAAGAAGAAACUCCUGGUCGAGAAAGAGGAACUCGAUGAUCUCAAAGAGGAAAUGAAAGAUUACGAGGAGGACGUCAAGGAGCUGGUCGAAGUCACUCGAGGAACGGGAGAGCUCAGUGAAGGAAAAGGAGCGCACAGACUUUAUAAGAAAGUUGAUGCUAUGAUAAAGAACCUGGACAACGUGAUCGACAAACUCAACGAGGAGAAGGCAGAACUCAAACAGAAGGACGUCAAAGACGAAUCGGUCCGAGAUGACAUUAUCGGGAUCAACGAACUCGUGCUCUUGAUGCAUCGAUUGAAGAAAAGCUCGGAUGCUUCUCGAGUACAGAUGAUUCAAGAGGUCCUGGACACGAUCGAUUCGGAUCACGACGGUAAAAUUGAGAUCGAUCUCGUUCUCAAAGUAAUCGAUCUCGUUGGCAGAGAGAACGUCAAGGUGGACCCUAAGCACAUGAAAGAAAUCAUCAACCUUCUGCUACGGGAGGAAGCGUUGAAAAAAAACAGGGAAAAAGAAGCAGCUGAAGCCGCCAAGACAUCCGGAGCUGCGAACACGCAGCAAAAAGAAGUAAAUUAAGCCCAAAGCAAGCUUGACUAAUUUCGCGAAUUCGCGAGAACCCGAGUGAUACGAUCGAAGUUUUGGAGAGCCAUGGAGCAGAUCGAAUGUAUCGUGACGUGGAGGCGGGUAGCAUUUCAGUUGAGCACGGACGACCCCACACAGUUUGCGGAGCGGAUGAAAUUAAUGAAUCGAUGUCACCGUUAUUUUUUCCCACGAUUCCCGCUCCGACUCGUUGCAUUGUAGGCGAACUGGAGGUCUUUCAUCUGUCGGCGGCAGAAUGGACCGCUAACGGUCGUGACGAGAGAGGAUCUAAAUUCAAAUAAUGAGAAUCAAUUGUACAUAUGAACUGUUUGUUUUAGAAGAUUGAAAUAAAUUUGGAGGUUGUAGUUCGUUCCUCUGGGAACGUCUGGUAAUAU